AUGAAAGAGUACACACGUGAGGAAGUAGCGAUGCAUUGCACGGCGCAGGACUGCUGGGUCAUCGUGGAUGGGCAUGUUUAUCACUUGGACACCGAGUUUGUCACGACGCUACACCCUGGUGGGCUGAUCAUCUUGGAGUCGGCCGGCAAGGACGGGUCGGUGAUGUUUCAUGAGCACCACAAUCCAGAGCGGGUGAGACCCAUUCUGGAGGAGUACUGCAUUGGUAAACUGAAGAAGUAA